AUGACAUCAAACUUCAAAUUUCUUGGAGCUCUCCAUUUGCUUUGUCUUUCCUUACUGUCCUUCCAAAUGGAUCAAACAUCAAUCCAUGAAUUUCAUCAAAUCCAAUCAGCAGAAGUUCCAGAUUUGGAGUUAUCACUCAGUCUUCUGCCUGCAAAACAGGAGAGCACAAGAGACAGUCAUUUUCAAACAAUUCAUGAUUCUGAAGGAAUAUCGGAUCAAGACUUGUGGAUGCUUAAGCAGGUAAAGGAAGAAGACAUGCAUGAUCCAUUUGAUAUGCCAAACCAACCAUCAAACUAUUUUGAUCAUGGUUCCAUUUCAAGACCUUGCACAGGGAGUUCAAAAACCUCAUGGUUGACUCUGAUUCCUGGAAAUUCUGACAAGAGAUCAGUCCAUCUCUCAAGGACGGAUUUGAUCAAGAUAAAUUCACAUGGCCUUGGAACAAGCCAACAAGUGAAAUCCCCAAAACCCUGGUUAACUCUUGGAAAUGAAAGUACUCUUUCCGAAAAGAAUGCUGGUAUAGACAUUCCAGAUACUGAUGUUCAUAACACCAUCUAUGCUACUGGAGUCACUUGCAACAACAACAUACAAACAUCCCCCCCAAGAGAAUCCACGGAAACAAUCAUUGACCAUCCCCUAGAUAAUAUAAGCCUUGAAGUUCCUCAGUCUGGAUCUUCUACCAGUAUGAAGAGACAUAUUUUUCAAGAAUUUGGUAACCCCUCCCACAAUGUGAUAGAUUCUCACCAAGAAUAUUCUAUCAGAGAUCAGCAGGAGCCUCAUCCAGUGCAGAAAGAUGAAUCCUUGAGGAAUUCCAAAAGACUGAGGGUGAUUGCCACCCAGAAACAGAAAGAGCCACAUACAUAUGUACAAGGCUUACAAGAUGAUCAAGAUGUGGAAGGAUUUGAUGAUGAAAGACUUGGGAUCUUCAAAUCUCAUAAAAAAACCAAGUUCUGUUCAUCACAAAAGGGGAUUGGGGAAUCAUCACAAUCACCAAUCAUUCCUUCAGACUUUAUUUUGGUGGACACAAUCAAAGAGAUUUCAACAACCCACAAUCUACUUCCCCAAAAAAUACAGAAUGAUAUAAGUAUCUGGACCUUCAAACUGGAGAAAAAUGUACUUUUAAUAAUGAAACAAAAUCAAAAUGUUUUUGGGGAAGAAACAUACCCAUUCUUAGAAGCUGCAGUUUCCAGGGCUGGUGUAGUAGCAAAUUGCUUUCUGACAUGCAUAAAGCUACUGCAUGAGGACCAACAGCAUGAUGUACAAGGAUUCAAGGAUUAUAUAUUAGAAGAUGGGUGGAGAUUCAUUCAAAGGCUCUUCAAUCAAUGGGUCCUGAUGGACUGGAGUAAUUUGAGGGCAACAAAAAGGCGUGAACAUAUUGAUGAUCUUCAACCUCAUGUGCUUUACAAUUAUUUGGGCACCUUGAAGGCAAACCGUUUCACAAUUGGGUACAUGUGGGUCUUUUGGAAGAGGUGGUACAGAGAAUCAACUUAUCCCCAGAAGAGAUUACUUGCCACUAAAAAUUGUUUUGUUAAGCAUAUACAAUAUUCAAUCUUACAUCAUGGAUUCAUUGACUUCCCAAUAGAUCCGGAGGCAAUUUUGCAAAGCUUCAAACCAAUAGACAGAAUUGAGGUUCAUAAACAUAUGCUAAAAGAGCACAGCCUCCAAUUUAACCGACUCAAGGAUUCUUAUCCCAAAUCAGUGAUAGAUUAUGUUCAUCUGGUGUACAUGGUACAUCAUGUAGGUACACUUGAGCUUGAACUUUUGGAACAUCAUGAACCAGUGGUAGAAUGGCUUGAAGGGCUACUUCAACAUCUUCAAGAAGAGAUCACCAAACAAGGUCUGAAUAAUGAAGAAAGAGUGAAAUCAAUAUCUCAAUGUGUAAGAGCUACCUACAGCAGGCUUAUUCCAGCAUUCUUUGGAGCUAUAAAAUUGAUGGAUCAGUCUGAAUCUCUGGUUUCUGUGAAGGAGAAGGAUGUUACUAUUUCCAAUGCAUGGACAUUCCUGAAAGCACAUCUAGACCAAUGGAGAAAGAGUAAUAUGUGUAAUAUCUUCAAUUGUGGAAACAUGGAAAAUAUCCCAGGGUAUCAUUGCUCAGGAGAUAGCCACACUCUGUUUAAAGCAAUGCUCAAACUCAAGAGUAAUUUCCGGAUUCCGUUUGUGUGUUCAGGAUGGUGCUCAUUCACAACCAAGAAUGUGUGGUGGGAAGAGUGGCUCAACAUGUGGCCAACACCUCACACAGCUGGCACAUUUUUUACGCUGGGCUCAAAGUGUCUCGCUGUGGGAUCUCUCUCUAUGUUGUGGCUACAUUAA